CUCACUUUCACACAAACAAAAACAUACCCUGAUCAGAGAGUUUCUCACACAUACACAUACUCACAAAACACCAUGGUGAAGUGUCUGAUCCGGAUCAAGACGAAGGUCAAUAUUCACCUGCGGAUGAUUAACCACUGCUACCGGGAUGUGAAGGUGCGGGUGCUGACGCUGGGCCCCAGACUUCUGGGUAACGUUUUGGGUGCUCUGCCCAUCAUACCCUCUCUACCCGAGUCCAGUAGCUCCUCAGGGAUCAGCCUGUCUCCAUAUGGACGAAGCCACAUACCCACAGAUUCUUUAUGUGUCAGCAGUCACUCCAUGCCUGAGCACUCCGUCUCUAGUAGCACUUCAUUACCAAGCACACACUCCAGUGAUCCAGAGGGUAAAAAUGGUGAAGCAGCAUUUUCAGAAGGAUCCAGCAAGACCUCCAGUGAUGUGUUACCCACACCAGAAUUCAAGAGCACAUAUAACCAAGAGGUGAAGGAUCAAGAAUCAGUCCUUCUGAAAGGAGAUGCAUUGGCCUGCAGCGUAAGCCAUAAGCCAAGAGGAAAAGCCUCUCACCUGGGAAAAGUCAAACCAUCAACUGGUGGCAUGGAGACACAACAGGCUGGUGAGGUGAUUGGCACGUUGGUACGACUGGUCUUAGUGAUGCUUGCUGUGCUCUUGGCCCUCCUCCUGUUUCUUAUUGCUCUCACAGAAUCAGAACUUGAUGUGGCAUUUCUGAGAGACAUCCGCGAGACACCUGAAUUCCAGCAAUUCCACUAUGCCUACUUUUGUCCACUGAGACGCUGGCUAUCCUGCACACUGCGUUGGAUAGGGGUUCUUCUCAUCAAGGAAUGA